CGUGAUAUACACACCACAAAAAUUACAUAAAAGGACCAAAACCUAAACCACCUUCUUUGGCUACUCACAUAGCCCUCCCCCCUCUUCCUUUUUUCCAUCCCCCUUGUCUCUGUUUCCCACCACCAUGGCCGCCGCCGCCACUGCCGCCGUCGCCGCCGUGAACAAGCCCCAUAUUUCAUCACCCGUCGACAAACCCUUUUGCUCUCCUUCUCAAAAGAUGCUAUCCUUAGCCACUAAAACCCUCCCUAAACCCUACAACCACCACAGAACUCUCACCACUUGCGCCUCCAAAAACCCAUUAACCGACGUCGUUUACUCGGAUCAACCCGACCCGGAUGGACGUUCAUUCGGGUCGUAUUUCGAUGAUGACGAUAAACCUCGGGAAGAGUGCGGCGUGGUGGGUAUUUACGGUGACUCUGAAGCUUCUCGUCUUUGCUAUUUAGCACUUCAUGCGCUUCAACACCGUGGUCAGGAAGGCGCUGGAAUUGUAUGCGUUAAUGAUAACGUGCUUAAGUCGAUUACUGGUGUUGGGUUGGUGUCGGAUGUGUUUAGCGAGUCGAAACUUGAUCAAUUACCGGGUGAUUUGGCUAUCGGUCAUGUGAGGUAUUCUACUGCUGGUGCAUCUAUGUUGAAGAAUGUUCAACCUUUUGUUGCUAGUUAUAGAUUUGGGUCAGUUGGUGUUGCUCAUAAUGGGAAUUUAGUGAAUUACAAACAACUUCGUGGUGAAUUGGAGGAGAAUGGGUCGAUAUUUAAUACGAGUUCUGAUACGGAAGUGGUUCUUCACCUUAUUGCUAUAUCGAAAGCAAGGCCUUUUCUUUUGAGGAUUGUUGAAGCUUGUGAAAAGAUUGAGGGUGCUUAUUCUAUGGUGUUUGCUACUGAGGAUAAGUUGGUUGCUGUUAGGGAUCCUUAUGGUUUUAGGCCAUUGGUUAUGGGUAGGAGAAGUAAUGGUGCUGUUGUUUUCGCGUCGGAGACGUGUGCUUUGGAUUUGAUUGAGGCUACUUAUGAAAGGGAGGUACUUCCUGGUGAGGUUGUUGUGGUGGAUAAAGAAGGGGUUCAGUCUAUUUGUUUGAUGCCUCAUCCUGAACCUAAAUCUUGUAUCUUUGAGCAUAUUUACUUUGCAUUGCCUAAUUCAGUGGUGUUUGGAAGGUCUGUUUAUGAGUCUAGGCGUGCUUUCGGGGAAAUCCUAGCUACUGAAGCCCCCGUGGAAUGUGAUGUUGUGAUCGCUGUUCCUGAUUCGGGUGUUGUGGCAGCACUUGGUUAUGCUGCUAAAGCAGGGGUUCCAUUUCAACAAGGUUUGAUAAGGUCACACUAUGUUGGUAGGACAUUCAUCGAGCCAUCGCAGAAGAUUAGGGAUUUCGGGGUGAAGCUUAAGCUCUCGCCAGUUAGGGCCGUGUUGGAGGGUAAAAGAGUCGUGGUUGUGGAUGAUUCAAUCGUUAGAGGGACAACCUCGUCCAAGAUUGUGAGGCUGUUAAAGGAGGCAGGCGCGAAAGAGGUUCAUAUGAGGAUUGCAAGCCCUCCGAUUAUAGCUUCUUGUUAUUAUGGAGUCGAUACUCCUAGUUCGGAUGAGUUGAUAUCUAAUAGAAUGAACGUGGAAGAGAUUAGGGAGUACAUUGGAUCGGAUUCACUAGCCUUCCUCCCUAUUGAGAGCUUGAAUAGGUUGUUAGGCGAGGAUUCUAAAAGCUUUUGCUACGCUUGCUUUUCAGGCGAUUAUCCAGUCGAGCCAACAGGCAAAGUUAAAAGGAUUGGGGACUUCAUGGAUGAUGGAUUAAGUGGCGAUAUGGACUCCAUUGAUGGUGGUUGGCUACCAGCAAGUAGUAGGGUUCGGAAAACUAUCGUGAAUGAAGUUAGAACCAUCUAAAUUUUCCUUGUUGCUUUAGUUUUGCCAUGGAUAUUUCGUGCUUAACUAUAGAAAUUUAAUGCUUUUUAAUUCCCCCCUCCUUCUCCCAUAGCCAUGCUCUGUACUUCUAUUUUGGAUGUGACAUCAGAGUUUACACCUUUUUGGCCUUUUCUUA